AUGAGUCGCGAACCCACCUCUGCUAGGGCUCCAAACUCUGAUGGCGGCGGAUCUCCCUCCAAGGACGAUACCCAAGCAGAAGGCGACGGAGAUGGCGGCGAGACGACGAGCGACGGAGACGGUUCCGACCGGAGGAAGAAAAACGGCUUUCUCCUGGGUGGAGAAAAAGCUAAAGACGCUUCCAUCCAGGUUCGAAGGGAGGAGAAAGUAGCUGCGUGCAGCGGCUUCUCGAGGAGCGACGACGUCGGUUUGGAGAAGGAGAAUAACCUCCACUGUAAUUCGAUCUUCACCCUUUUCGUUGAUGGCAUUUCUGACGGCGUCAAUUAUCUCCAGGUUCGUGGUCUUUUUGCUCAGAUUGGGAGGGUUUUGAAUGUCUUUAUCCAGAGACAGAGGAAGAUUGGGAGAAGCCAUAGGUUCGGGUUUGCUAGAUUCUCUUCUUUGGAGGUUGCUUCUCAGGCGAUUAACCUCCUCGAUGGGUUUCGUUUGGGAGGAACGCCAUUGUCGGUUGCUUGGGCGAGAUUUCCGCGACGUGGAGUUGCUGGUUCGAGGGUGUUUGCGGCUAGAGAUCAGAGAUCGUCGGAGCAUGCUGGGGUUCUUGCUGGAAUCGGGGAAUCGACGUCUGUUGUCUUCUUCCGAGAGUGA